AUGGCGUUGGCAAACGGCCCCUUCCAAUUUGCGGCCGACUCCGAGUCGGAGGACGACAACUUCAACCCCGCACCCGCCGACCUUUCCGACGAGGAAAACGACGAUGAAUCCGGCCAGCGCGCCACUGACAAGGGCGCCCAACGCGCAAGCAGCCCCGCUGCCCAGAAGGAUGGAAACAACGAGGACGAGGAUGAAGAGCGACCCCCCUCCAAGAGCCCGUUGAAACGGCCUCGCGAGGAAGAUGAGGAAGAUGAUGAGAACGGGGACGAGGAGGAAGUAGAAGAAGAUGGCGACGGCGGAAACGGUGAUGAUGAAGAGGAUGAAGAAGAAGAGGAAGAGGAGGAUGAAGAGGACGAGGACGUUCAGCAUCGCCAUCGCCGCAAGCGCCGGAAGGAUCACCGCGCCGCUUUCUUCGAUAUCGAAGCCGAAGUCGAAGAUGAGGACGAAGCCGAAGAAGACGAGAAAGAGGGCGAAGAAAUUGAAGAUUUUAUUGACAACGCCCACCCCGAUGACAUUGCCGACAGCGGGCAUCUCGAGGAUGAUAGGAGACACCGCGAGCUCGACCGUCGCCGUGAGCUCGAGGCCAGCAUGGAUGCGGAGAAACAAGCCGAGAUUCUGCGCGCGCGGUACGGCAAGCGGGCUCCCGCUCGAGGUUACGGAGAAAUGACUGUCGUGCCCAAGCGCCUGCUCCUGCCUAGCGUGGACGAUCCCGGCAUUUGGGCUGUCAGGUGCAAGGAAGGCAAGGAACGGGAAGUCGUCUUCUCCAUCAUGCGUCGCAUGGAGGAGCGGCUUAACAGCCGGGGCGAUGCGCCCAUCACGGCCGCCUUUGAGCGUGCUGGCCCCAACUCAGUCAUGAAGGGAUACAUCUACGUCGAGGCGCGCCGGCAGAACGACGUCAUGAUAGCCCUGGACGGCAUCCUCAACGUGUACCCGCGGACCAAGAUGAUGCUCGUUGAAAUCAAGGACAUGCCGGAUCUCUUGCGGGUCACCAAGACGCCGAACUUGGAGCCCGGCGCUUGGGUGCGACUCAAGAAGCCGGCAAAGCACGCUGGUGACCUUGCUCAAGUCCUCGACGUGACCGAGAACGGUCUGGAGGCCCGAGUGCGCUUCAUUCCCAGACUGGACUACGGUGUCCGCGACGACGCGCUGUCGUCGCUUACCCCAGACGGUAAGCGCAAGCGUCCGGGAAUGCCGGGCCCGCGCCCGCCCCAGCGGCUUUUCAGCGAAGUCGAAGCGAGAAAGAGACACCCCCGCCAUAUUCAGGGCAAUCCGCAGACCAACACUUGGACCUACAUGGGCGAGGACUUCGAGAACGGCUUCCAGGUCAAGGACAUCAAGAUUCAACACUUGGAGGUUAAGGACGUAAAUCCAACGCUGGAAGAGGUCACCAAGUUCGCCAGCGGCUCCGAGGACGGCACCGAAAACCUUGACCUCAAGGCCCUCGCUGCCAGCCUGAAGGAUAACAACGUCACCUACGUCCCCGGGGAUGUCAUCGAAGUGUUCGAGGGCGAACAACGAGGCGUUGUCGGCAGGGUAACGAAUGUGCAGGGUGAUAUCGUCACGCUCAAGGUCACGGAGGGCGAUCUGGCUGGCCAAACGAUCGAGGUUCCCAACAAGGGCCUGCGCAAGCGCUUCAGGACCGGUGACCACGUCAAGGUCAUCGGCGGCAGCCGCUUCCGGGACGAAGUCGGUAUGAUCGUCAAGAUCGUCGAGGACCGCGUCACUCUCGUGACAGACCAGACCAACACGGAAAUCACCGUGUUCAGCAAAGACCUGCGCGAGGCGAGCGACAUCGGCGGCCAGGGUUCCCUCGGCCAAUACUCGCUGCUUGACCUGGUGCAGCUCGACCCCACCACUGUCGGUUGCAUCGUUAAAGUCGAUCGCGAGUCGAUGGUCGUCUUGGAUCAGAAUGGCGAGACCAGGCAGGUGUUGCCUUCGCAGAUCGCGAACAAGCUGCCCAAGCGGAGAACCGCAGUCGCUGCCGAUCGCAACGGCUCCGAGAUCCGGCUGGACGACGUUGUCCGCGAGUACGGCGGACAGCAGCGCCAGGGCAAGAUCAUCCACAUCCACCGGUCCUUCGUCUUCCUCCACAGCAAUGCCACCACGGAAAAUGCCGGAGUCUUCGUCACGAGAGCUGGCAACGUCACGACCAUCGCCGCGAAGGGCGGCCGCAUCAACAACGCGAACACGGGCCCCGAUCUGAGCACAAUGAAUCCCGCCCUCAAGCGCAACCCGGCCGGGAACAACAACAUGCCGCCACCCAAGAGCUUCGGACCCGAUCGCGCCAUCAACCAGACCGUGAGUAUCCGGAGAGGCGGCUACAAGGGCUUGAUGGGCAUCGUCAAGGACACCACCGACUCGCACGCGCGCGUCGAACUCCACGGCAGAAACAAGAUCAUCACCGUUCCCAAGGCGGACCUGAUAUUCAGGGACAAGGUCACCGGGAAGCCGAUCGACAUCUACAGCCGCUCUGGACGGGGUGGCUUUGGCGCCCCCGCCCGGGGUGGGUUCGGCGGACCUGGCGAGUGGUCGGGAGGAAGCAGGACGCCCAUGGGAGCAGGGGGAGGGGAGCGCACUCCUGCCUGGGGUUCCUCGAAGUCAAUUGCGCGCACACCGGCUUGGGGCCGUGCCGAGACAUCCGGCUCACGCACGCCCGCCUGGGGCGACGGAUCCCGGACCGUCAACCCUUACGACGGGAACCGCACGGCCUACGGAGGCGCCACAGCCUACGGCGGCUCCCGCACUCCGGCGUGGUCCUCGAGCGCCAAGACCCCCGCUCACGACGGCUUCGGCCACGGCUCGAAGACACCCGCCUACGGCGCCGGCGGCAGCGACCCUUGGGGUUCCAAGACGCCCGCCUACGGCGUCUCGGCACCCACCCCUGGCGCCAGCGGCGCCGACAGUUGGGGCUACACGCCGGGCCCGAGCGGCGGAUCCCACGCGUUCGACGCGCCCACGCCGGGCGCCGGUCUCGGCGCGCCCACCCCCGCCGCCCUCAACGCCCCGACCCCGGGCGCCUACUCGGCGCCCACGCCCGCCGCCAUCAGCGCGCCGACGCCCGGCGCCUGGCAGGGCGGCUGGGGCGCGGAUGCGGCGCCGACCCCGGCCGUGGGCGCGCCGACCCCCGCCGCUAGCGGUGGGUACUAUGGCGCGCCGACGCCGGCGGCGUAUGGCGGUGCGCCCGAGACUCCUGCCGCGUCGGCGGAGAUUCGGUAUGCCGAGGACGAUUGA